UCGCCGUCUUAUAGGAAUUGUAAUUAUAGAAACCCGUGUUAUAGGGGGUCUACUGUAAUCGAACAUUAAAGUAUUUUCAAAACUCACCAAACGAUAACGUAGUAACAUUGUUUAUACGAACUAAAUGGAUGUAGAUAAGCACGGGGUAAUGACUGUUUUAUAGUGUUGUAGUUUUUAUCAAUUUUUUAAACUCAUUUUGUUGAUAUAACUAUGCUAUGUAUAUAAGAGGAAAUACAGCUGAGAAGAAUGAGAAGACGAAGUGCAGAUUCCGAACCAGGACAUAAAACAUCUGAAAUCUCUUAAUUAUGUUUUGAGGCAAAUAUGGAAGGAACAGCUGAAGAUUAUGAAAGAUUAAGCACCGCAGUAAUCCUUCGCUACGUAGAAUCAGCUUUAGAUUCACACUUUCCAGCCAUGGAAUGGUGUGAUGAGGAUAUCAUUUUGGAUAUUGGAUGCGGUACAGGAAGAACUACCAAAAAUAUUCUUUUACCUAAAUGUCCAAAAUUUAAGAAAAUCGUCGCCAUAGACGUAAUGCCUAAAUACAUCGAGUACGCCAGAGAAAAAUAUUUCGACGAAAAAAUUGAAUUUAAAACGCGAGACAUCCUUCAAAGACCAAAUGCUGAAGAAAUCGAAAAAUAUGAUAAAAUCGUAUCUUUCUACGUAUUUCAUCGUAUAUCCGAUUUCAGAAAAUUGUUUUCUGUUAUAUAUUCGAUUCUAAAGCCCGGUGGAUAUUUUUCCUUCACUUUUUUCAUUAAAAAUCCAAUAUUUUCGAUAUUGAAAGAAUUGAGCAACACAGAAGAAUGGACGAAGGUCAUAAAGCGAGAAGAUAUACUUGUUGCACUUCCACCUUUUCUGAAUUGGAAGGAUAUACCAACUGAAUUUACGAACUUUCUUUCUGAUUUUGGUCUUCAAGUGACAGAUAGUAAAUGUGAAGUUUUUGACGUGUUUUAUGCUGACAAUAAGCAUUUUUUAGAUACGCAUUUGGCAAUAAUGCCAGAUAUUAUCUUCAAUGGAAUAGAAACUGAAGUGAGAAAUCGUCUUUGGAAGUUGGCAGAACCGACAGUUCUGAAAUAUUGUUCUCAGAAAGAAAAUGGUGAAAUCUUUAUUAAAUGUGAAGUUUUACAAGUAACGGGAAUAAAAGAAAUGUAAAUGGGUAAUUCUGAUGUGUUAAUCCUUCAAAUUAUAUCCUUUAAUGAAAAUAUUUGAAAAUGAAAUGUAAUUGCAUCAUUCCUUUCUGUA